GGCCCACUCCUCCCCGUGCCCUACCUGGCAUUAAACCCCCCGCUUAUUCACACGGUUCCAUAGCCUCUCUCGCCUUUGCUUGAAGCCCUAAUUUUCCUCAACAUGAAGCUCGUUAGGUUUUUGAUGAAGUUGAACAAUGAAACGGUGUCGAUUGAGCUCAAGAAUGGAACCGUUGUUCACGGAACCAUCACAGGUGUGGAUGUCAGUAUGAAUACUCAUCUGAAAACAGUGAAACUUACACUGAAGGGGAAAAAUCCAGUGAGUUUGGAUCACCUUAGUGUGAGGGGUAACAAUAUCCGCUACUAUAUUCUGCCUGACAGCUUAAAUCUUGAGACCUUGCUGGUUGAAGAGACACCUAGGGUGAAACCCAAGAAACCAACAGCUGGGAAGCCUUUGGGACGGGGUCGGGGUCGCGGGCGUGGAAGGGGACGUGGUCGAGGCCGUUAAACCUGUGCCCUUGCUUCCAAACUCUUGUUCUAGGGGUGAUUUUUCAAAUAUUAAGAUAUGGCAUUUUACUGUUGUGUAUGAUUAUUAGCCUGGGUCUGGAUGGCUUAAACGUGAAUCCUGAGAUUCCCAACAUCAGAUGCUAUGAUCUAGUGCUGAUAAGUGAGCAGGUAAUCUUUCUUUUCCCAUUUGUUGCCUUUAGAACGAGAGAAAGUAAAAAUAGGAUGCAAUCAUGGACUUGAGUCAUGCAGAUCAUGUUGAUGUUGAGCAUGUUACUUAAAGACGAUUGAUGUUGUUACUUGCUAGAGUUAUCAAAUAGGCUUAUGAUGAUAUGAACGCAUUAUUUUUAAUUAUGUUUUCUGAGCACUGGUUACAUAAUUGUUAUUUUGGCCCUUGUUCU